AUGUACGAACGAACCGGGGAUACAGGAUGUGGAACGGGGUUUGAUCGAACAUUUGGGGCAGCUAGUUACCUGUUCGGACCGGGAUAUACAGUAGACUUGCCUGUGAAAGCGAUUGAGUUGAGUGACUUAUCGGAAAGAGCAGCGUGGAGCAGAGCAGUCAUGAUAACAGUUAGCGGAAUUUGCCGUAGGAAGAAUUAUCUAUACCACGGAAUCGGCAUUGAACCCGCAAGGGCGUGGCGAUGCAGCAACAACAGGACUAAUACGAAACUAUUGGAACAACCCCAAAAGACAACACAAAAGCCACCCACAGCAGACCAAAGAGUCGUAGAGCCUUUAUGGUUAGGCGGAGCGUUGAAGGGUCGACCAGCCAACCAGGUUUUAAUCGGCAGGGAUGGCGUCGAAAAGUAUGCGAGUGACGAGGAGUCAGUGGACACGUUGAGGGAGUGCCUAUUAGCAGAGAAAACCCUCGUGGAUUUACAGCAACGUGAAGCGCGUGAAGACGAGGCAGCUGAAGAGAAGAGAAAGGAGGAGUACUUGAGGAAACAGCGUCGUCGCGAACAGGAACGCGAGGAAUGGAAAGCCGCGAAGAAAAAAGACAAGGAAUUAACAAGACAACAAGGUCGGUCGGGAGAUCUACGGGCACAACUCUCGUCGAGAGAGAACAGCCGUAGCCGCAGUCAACAACGUAGUAAGACACCACGAAACAGGAGCCAGAGCAGAAGCCGUUCACCGGUGAGGGAUAGAGCACGGUCACCACCCACAUUUGGAGCCUCUAGAUUUGCACCGUCCAGCACGACAGGGAGUAAAGCAGAGAGUUUCUACAGGGAACGCGGGUAA